ACCACCUUCACACGACCAUCCUCCAAUUAUUAUAUUCCCAAUUUGGCCCAUACCAAGCCUCAUUUAUUUCGAACUCUCUCCAUUUUCAUUUCUCAAUCCUCACCUCUUUCAUUUUCAUCCCUUCUUUCAAUCCUCAAUUUUCCCAUUCACCAAGAUCAGUAAAAGCUAAUCGCAGAAAAAAUGGAUGUAAUUGCAGAAGACGGUCACCUUAAAGGGAUAGAAGUUGUCCCAGAUCCGGCCACGGAACUAGCUCGAAGCUUCUCGUCUCAGCUGAAGAUUUACCCUGCAAUUCCCCGUCCACAGGAAUUGGAUCACGGAAAUGGGGAGGAAGAUGAGGAGGAGGAAGAAGAAGAUGAGGAGGAAUUUUCAUUCUCUUUCGCCGGAGACGAAGCUUCUCUGAUCGCAGCCGAGGAUGCGUUUCUGAACGGUCAGAUCCGCCCGGUUUACCCGAUCUUCAAUGGGCAUCUUCUCCUCGGUAACGCGGAUUUGGAAGGAUUGAAAGAGAAGCCGCCGCCGGUGAAGAAUCUGUUCGUCGAGACGAACGAUUGGACGCCGUCUGCGUCGGGGAGCGCCGGCGAAUGGUCGGGAGAAACUCUAGAGGCGGUGGCCGGACCGGUCGGUUGUAAGAAGAGCAACUCGACCGGGUUCUCCAAAUUCUGGAGAUUCAAAGAUCUGCUGAACCGGAGCAACAGCGACGGCAGAGAUGCGUUUGUGUUCCUGAACAGCUCGGCGCAAUCGGCGGCGAGUGCUCCCGCCGGGAAGAUAGACGGGAAGAAAUCGAACUUAUACUCGUGGGCGAAAAAGACCGGCGGUGCUAAAGUCAACGCCGAUCCUGCCGGGAAGAGCGUUACAAGGAAGGGUAAGAGCAAAAAGGAGCUAUCGGCUCACGAGCGUUACAUGAAAAGCAAGGCAAAAGAUGAAGAUCGCCGGCGGUCGUAUCUGCCGUACCGGCCGGAGCUGGUCGGGUUUUUCACCAAUGUGAAAGGCGGUUUAACGAAAAAUGUACACCCCUUCUAACAAUUGUACAUAAGUUCUUUAACCAAUUUUUUAUUCUAACAAUUAAUGAAAACUGUUUAGCAAUCAUAAAUUAUAAUGGGCAUUUGCCAUUUGAUGUAUAAAAUGAUAUACGGAGUAUAAGGUUUUGCGUUGUUUUAUUCAUAUCCAAUUAUUAUUAUUGAUGCCGU